CAGAAAGCUCUUUAUCUCCCUCAGGCCAAAGGCCAAUUCGUGAUCAGGGAGAGGGAUAUUGAAGAACCAGGUCACGGCGAAGUCCUCGUUGAGAUCCACGCAGCUGCACUCAACUCUGGUGAAUGGAAGAUCCAGGCCUUUGAAAUCCUCAUCACCGAGUACCCUGCUAUCCUCGGUGCCGACGCGGCGGGCAUCAUUAAGAAGGUCGGCGCUGAAGUGACUGACAUCUCUGUGGGCGACAAGGUGUAA